GCAGUAGCACGUGACGUCACAGGAACGUCCUCCAGGAACUCAGGAACAAGGCAAACAGACGAUCGCCGAAUCGUCUUCGAUUCGGAUUCACAAGACUUAACCACCUCUCAAACUUAUCAUCCGUCCGAUCAACAUACUUUUGUUGUUCCAACAAUCAAACGGUAAAUAAUUAAACACCACCAUAGCAUCAUACACCCGAAGCAACACCACAAUCUUAUCUCCUCUCGGCGGGCCGGAACCGCAAGUGCUCUUCGCUGGAGCCUGGAAGUAUUUGUUCGUAUUCAUUUUCUUUUCCGAUUAUCCAAACAGGAGCUAAGAAGAAGAAUCCGUCGGACGAAAUCUCACUGACCGGAGCGUCCAAUCCAAUGGCGAUUUCCGUGACGGCGUCCGCGGUUCCUUGUCUCAGCUCUGACCGUAUGGCUCGCAUAGAUGCGGCGGCGGCAUCAUCCUCUUCUUCUUGUUCAAAGCUGUCCUCCUCGACUUCUCUGCGAUUUCCAUCACACCUUCGACACGUUCGGAUCGGAACACGGGACUCAAGGUCUCGGAUUCUUCCUCCGGUUAAAGCAAAGAAGCAAACAUUUUCCUCCUUCGAAGAUUUGCUGGCUACCUCCGAAAAACCUGUGUUGGUUGACUUCUAUGCAACCUGGUGCGGUCCUUGUCAGUUUAUGGCACCUGUCCUCAAUGAAGUCAGUAUUACGCUGAACGACAAGAUCCAGGUUGUGAAAAUUGACACAGAGAAGUAUCCUAGCAUUGCUGAUAAAUAUAACAUACAAGCAUUGCCUACUUUCAUCAUAUUUAAGGAUGGAGAGCCAUUUGACCGCUUUGAGGGUGCUUUGACUGCUGAUCAGCUUGUCGAACGAAUAGAAACUACUUUGAAAGUUAAGAAGUAGCGGCUUCUCAGGUUGAACCGAAUCGAUUCAGCCGCAUCUGAGGGGAUAUGGAUUUUAUGAAGAAAGGCACUGGAAGAUCAGUCGUUGUUGGAUGUUCCUCUGCUUUUUUAUGUUUUGUAUGUAACUGGUUUGUACCAAAGCUAUGAGACUUUGUUCGUCCGAUUGGUGUAAUUGCGCGGUUUAAGCUUAGGAAAAAUAACUUCACGAUGUCAGUUUCUUUUGUGAUAUACACAACCACGUAUUAGUUGUAUCAGAUUGAAACUCAUGAAUUGGAAAGUUAAUGAUAUUCGGCGUUAUUAAUCGCCUUCGGGACA